AUGGAUAAUCUAAUUACCACCCAGACUGUCAGUUCUGGUGGAGGUGCUGGAGGAAGUAGCAGAGGUAAGAUCUAAGAGGCGCUGGCCUUAACCUGUGAUCUUUCUCUGGUUGCUGGAGGGUCAGGUGGAAGAGCUGCGUCAGGAGGCUCAAGCGGCACAAGCAGCUCAGUCCUAAUCACAUCCAGCAGCUCCCAAGCCUCCAGCUCUGGUGGAUACGGAGCUAGCAAGGGCACUGGAGGCAUCAGCAUCACUACUCUAGGAGCCUCUUCUGCUGUAUCCUCGGGUGGUGGGAGUGCAGCAGCUUCAGGGGGCUCCGGCUCAGGGGCAGGGGCAGAAGCAGGGGCAGGGUUUAGAGCGGCUGCCGGGGGGUCCACCAGCAUGUCCUCUAGUUAUGCAAGUGGUGGCAGACAAGGAAAAAGGGAAGGGGGUCUAGGUGCUGUGACUGUUUCAACGGUGACGAAGAACAGCUACAGUUCAGGAGGAUCUGGGGAAACGAAGAGAGGAUCGUCCUCAGGAAUCACUUAUUCACCUAGGAAGAGCACGACCACCAUGGCAGCAGCUUUCUCAGAGGUCUUUGAUGAGAGUUCAAGCACAAACUCCUCUCCAGAGUACAACAGGAAGGAGUACGGCACUUCAAGCUCUGCCACCAGAGGAAGAAGUCAGAGCAGAGAGAGUGAGAUCAGAACCAGGCUUCAGAGUGCUUCUCCUCCAGCAAGUUGGACGGAGCUGGACGACGUGAAGCGUCUGCUGAGAGGAAACCCUCCCAAGACCAGCCCCGCUCAGUCCCCUAACAACACACUGCCCAUCCCCAAGAAGGCCAGCAUGGAAACUAGGACCAUGUCUGAGAGCUCCAGCACAGAGCACUAUGGCAGCGUUUGGUCUGGAGGUGUGAGCAGCAGCUACAGUUACAAUACCAACCCCAACAACCUGUCCACUUCCUCCACAAUGUACCAGUCAGGAGGAGUUCAGAACAACCUGACACUCAGCUCUCCCUCCAUGAACAGUGGACUAUCUGCUUGCAGCACUGUUCCUCUGUAUGGUGUUCAGAAUAACCUGGUCACUAGCAGUCCCACUGUCCUCUCCCCCACAGGAACCAACACACAUAUAGUUUAUGGUGUGCAAAAAAAUGCAUCUGGCACUGGAAUUAGCACAACCACAGUGAGACCCAGCAGUCCCACUCCUGACGAGGCCUCAGGCAAAGACUUCAAGUUUGUGCUGAUCGAGAAGGAGAACGCUCCUGUCAAGAAGGAGACAGAGCGGUUGGUCAUGGCCAAAGACACAGGGAAGCAGUUCAUGUCUACUGCACCCUCCACCACUUCUGCAACCUACUCUGAGGACUCACUGAAGAGAGAGAAGCAGAAACUAUCAUCCAGCACCGUGGAGGAAGGAACAGAUGCUAAAUCUGCAACCCUAAAAGUUGCCACAAAAGACAAAGCCACCUAUGCCGAGAUCCGUGAAGAUAAAUCAGGCUUUGGCUUCUGCUCCUGCUGCAGCUGGUGGAAGUGGCUGCUGGGCCUCCUGCUCAGCCUGCUCCUCCUCCUUGGCCUGCUCUUUGGACUCAUCGCUUUGGGUGAAGAAGUGAAACGCCUCAAAAACCGUGUUGAAGCUCUGGAAGCCAUCACUGGCACCGCAUCAGCCAGGUCCAGCCGGCUGUCGGCCUCCUCUGGCAUCAACAUCAUCGACCCACUGGACGCGUCGUACAUUGACAGGAGUUCCUCUGGGCCCACCCUGACCCGCUCCGACAAUGGGAUCAACCUGGGGGCUGCUGGGCCAGGGGGAGGCGCAGGAAGCGGACCAGGACACGACAGCGCUGCCCUGCAGAGAGCCAUCCAGCAGCUGGUCAGGUCUGAACUCCGCUCGGAUGCUGUGAGAGAAACACUUACAUACUCACUGAAAGGGGAGAGAGGAGAUCCAGGACCUAAAGGUGAUCCAGGGGCACUCGGACAAAAAGGUGAUAGCGGCUUUCCUGGCCUACCAGGUCCUCCCGGACAGAUGGGUCACCCAGGAUUGGAUGGACCAAGGGGACCAAAGGGCAGUGCAGGUGAACACGGUCCAGACGGACCACCAGGCCAGAGGGGCCGGGAGGGACAGAUGGGCCCCCGCGGAGAGACUGGACCCCCAGGUUUUGGAGAGAAAGGAUCUCAAGGUGAGCCAGGACGUCCCGGUCCUGCUGGUGCUCCUGGACCUGUGGGGCCAAAAGGUGCCAGUGGAGAGCAGGGGGCCUUGGGAAGCCCUGGGGCUCCGGGUCUAAAGGGUUUCCCAGGUGAUGCAGGAGUACCAGGAGCAAAAGGUGAUCGAGGGACACCGGGAGCGCCAGGAGCCAAAGGAGACCCAGGAGAGAGGGGACCACGUGGACCAGCAGGUGAACCAGGAUCACCUGGACCACAAGGCCCUGCUGGACAAAUGGGAUCCAAGGGAAUUGCAGGUGAGAGCGGUUCGAUUGGACUUCCUGGUGUGAGAGGACCACCUGGACAUCAGGGAGAUGUUGGUCCCCCAGGCAAUCCUGGCAUUCAAGGACCCCCAGGACUUGCUGGAAAUCCAGGACAGCCUGGUGUUAAAGGUGAACCAGGGUUACCUGGUAAAAUCAUCGCUCCAAUUGGCUCCGAUACUGUGGCAAUCCCCGGACCACCAGGGCCUGCUGGGGCUCCAGGUCCUGCUGGAACCCCCGGUCUGUCUGGUCCCAUUGGCCCUGCUGGUGUCCCAGGACAACCUGGUCCUAGGGGAGAACAAGGAGAGAAAGGAGAAAAAGGAGAAAAGGGGGAGAAGGGAGAGCAAGGAAAACCCGGCGAGCCUGGUAUCAGCGUCACAAGUUCAGAAGAACUUUCCUCAGCGGGUGGACAGCCUGGCCCACCUGGACCUCCAGGGCCUCCUGGAGAACCUGGUCUUCAAGGUCCUCCCGGUGAGACUAAACAGGGUCCCCCAGGACGCAGAGGUCCUCCUGGACAGCCAGGUGUUAGUUUACCUGGACCUCCAGGAGAGAAAGGAGAACCCGGCAGCUUUGUGCCUAACUCAGAAACCUUUUUUGCUGGACCACCAGGACCUCCAGGACCCCCAGGCCCACAGGGUCCAGAAGGUGGCAAAGGGAUACAAGGGUACCAAGGUGAACCAGGUCAACCAGGUCUUCCAGGGAGUCCAGGGGAACCAGGUGUUGGUUUCCCAGGUCAGCCUGGAUCUAUUGGACCUAUUGGCCCGCAGGGUCCACCAGGCCCAGAGGGGGCAGAGGGGCAAGAGGGGCCACAAGGACCUAAAGGUGAUCCAGGAGCCCCUGGUGCACCAGGACACCCUGGAGCAUCCGUUGGUGGCUCAUACAGUCCCGGCCCCCCAGGCCCACCUGGUCCACCUGGUGCACCUGGAAGAGAUGGAAGUGGGUCUGGAUCAACUGAUGUGGGCCAGUACAUGGCAGAAUACCUUCAGAGUGGUACCUGGCAGCAGUACCUGGCUGGGCCUCCUGGGCCUCCUGGUCCUCCAGGGGCUCCAGGGAACACAGGUGACGGGUUGGUCGAUGAUGUGGCCAACCGAGUUAUGGCCUACAUCCAAAGUAGAGGAUAUGAUGGGACUCCGGGCCCUCCUGGUCCUCCAGGUCCACCAGGCUCCAUCUCUUUCAAUGACAUCAUUAGCAUAUUACAACGAGACGAUGUGAGGAGAUACCUAUCAGGUUUUGGUCCUCCCGGUCCACCAGGACCUCCUGGAGAUCCAGGUCACGGCAGCUACAGCUUCAACACCCACGAGGUGGCUGAACGUGUCCUCAGCCUCAUGAAUGAUAGAGGGAUGGCAGGUGUACCUGGACCCCCAGGACCUCCUGGCCCUCCUGGUAUUCCUGGAAACUUGUUAUCAGGUGGAUAUGUGGGCCCUCAGGGACCUCCUGGUCCCCCCGGUAUCCCUGGUCCACAAGGUCCACCUGGCCCACCAGGAUUUGGGAACUACAUCAGUUCAAACAUUCAUGACUAUCUGCAAAGGGUUGCCUUCAGAGGCCCACCGGGCCCCCCUGGACCCCCUGGACCCGAGGGCCCCCCUGGUCAAAUACACGGACUGGUUUCAUAUGCUGAGCAUGCCAACAAAGACACGCUUAAAGCAGAACAACAAGAAUACGUCAGGAGUGACAGUUCAAGAGCAGCUAUGUUUGGACAUCCUGGUCCACCAGGCCCUCCUGGACCUCCAGGACACAAGGGAGAGCCAGGAGUGCCCAGCACCAGAGACUGGAACAUGGAUACUAGAGACUACUCCAGUAUGGCUGUCAAAGUAACUGAUUACAUCAAAUAUUCUACUCUGCUGGUUGACUUCAAAGCUGACUGAGAAAAGCCUUGACUUCUUUGGGUUACAUCACAGAGUUUUCUCUCAUUUGCAGCCCACGGUGUGCUGCAUGACAUUGUGAAAGAAUACAACAGUCGUAUGUUCCAAGGACCUCCAGGACCGCCCGGCCCUCCGGGUCCCGCUGGAUGGUUUGGUUCCCAUGGAAACACCACAGAUCUGUUAGAAUACAUCAGAUCUCAUGGUCUGUUGCGUGACAUUGAACGGAACCACAGUGAACGCACUGCCCAAGGACCGGCGGGACCACCUGGCCCUCCGGGUCCCCCCGGAUACAGCCGAUUGUUUGGUUCCGAUACAAGCGUCACUGAUUUAGUAGAAUACAUCAAAACACAUGGAGCCAUUAUGGGACCACCUGGGAGGCCAGGACAGAAAGGGGACAUAGGAUUCCCAGGGCCAAAAGGUAAGAGAGGUGAACGAGGCUUUCCUGGGCCUGAAGGACGCAGAGGACAAAAAGGUGACAGAGGAGAACACACACUGAUGACUAAAAGAAGAAGGAGGGACGUUGGCGUUUAAGGGUCAAGUUACUGAAUAGAAGAACUCCGUACUGGAGUUCUCUGGUGUGUAUAAAGGGGAUAAAUGUACUGAAACACAGUGGAUGCUUUUUUACCAAUGUAUCAGUUUUUAUAGAUGAUUUGUGAUUGUAUUUUUAUAUCUUCUGGGUCGAGUUGUAAUGUAUAGUUUUGGAUGUAUUAUGGGCCGUCAUGCAGAAGGGUGAAAUCUUUUAUUUUGGGGGACUGAACGAAGUGUUGACUUUCACUUUGUCAUACUGGUGGGCAUUUUCUAACUCAUUUUUAAAAAAAUAUAUAUGUAUGUUUUUAUUUCACUUAGCGUUUUAGUUUUUAGUUAAUUACAACUAUAUGACCAGAUGGAAUGACAUGAAAACAUAACUACAGUACAGAGCAAAUUGUUUAUUUACAGCAAAAUGAAAAUCUACAUUACACAGGCAGUC